AUGGAGCCGGCGGCGGCGAGGUUUCUGCGCAGCCGGCCGGACGAACGCGGAGGAGGAGCAGAGGAGCAGAGCAGAAGCCAGCUCGAGCAUGAGCAUGAGGAGGACCAGGGCGAGGAAUCCCCCUGCGUGCUGGACAUCUUCGUGCACGAGGCGCGGGGCAUCCACAACAUCUGCAUCUACGGGGACCAGGACGUGUACGCCAGGCUGGCGCUGACGUCGGCGCCCGACGACGACGGCGCCGCGCUGGCCACGCGCGUCGCUAGGGGCGGCGGCGCCUCCCCGCGCUUCGGCGAGCGCCUCCCGCCGCUGCGCGUCCGCCAAGGGAGGAUCGCCGUGGACGUGCUCAAGUGCGAGCUCUGGAUGCGCAGCUGUGCCAGGGGCGUCCUGGACGACCAGCUCCUCGGCUUCGCGCUCGUGCCGCUCGCGUCCGUCGCGGCCGCCGACGGCGCUAGGAUCGUCGAGGGGAACUUCGAGCUCUCGUCCACCGACCUCCUCCACUCGCCUGCGGGAACAGUGCGCCUCUCGCUCGCGCUCCGCCCGGGGAUCCCCGAAGACGACGCGUGCGCCCAGCCGCCGGGCCGCGGCGCCGACGCCGAGCCGUCCAUCGCAUCCGAGGUGGUCAUCCUCGGCCCCGCGCCCGCGCCGCCCGUGGACUACUCGAGGAUCGAGUUCACGGACCUUAGAGUGGAGCAGGAGAACGACGCCAUGGCCGUGCAGUACCUGCCGUUCCUGCCCGCCGGGGACGGGGUGGUGGCUUCGGACUACUGCGAGAUGAGCACGAGCCCGCGCGGGGACGCGUCGGCGGCGUCCUCGGACGGCAGCACCAGCAGGAACGCCUCCGCCUCGACGGCCAGCACGGUCAGCGAGGACAGGGCCGUCUCUUCUUCCGCCGAAGCGGCAGAGAAGCCGCUGCCGCUGCCCGACCUUGACGAGGCCACCACGGCUCCCCUGUCCUGCCGCUCGCCGGACACGCCGACGUCGCGCGGCGGGAAGGCCACUAAGGCCGACGUGUUCACGUCGCCGCUCGGGGACAUGGACAUGGACAUCGACAUGGAGGCGGAGCAGAGCGCGAUGCAGCGGCAGAUCAUGGAGAUGUACGUGAAGAGCAUGCAGCAGUUCAGCGAGUCCCUGGCCAAGAUGCAGCUGCCGAUUGAGCUCGGCCUCGACGGCGGCGGGGGCGGCGGCGGCGUCGUCGUGCAGAAGGAAGAAACGCCCGACAAGAACAAGGUGAUCGAGCGGCAGCAGGCGAAGAAGGAUGGGACAAGGGUGUUCUAUGGGAGCAGAGCUUUCUUCUGA